UUGCCUUGCCGACUACAAAAAGAGCCACCGACGACGCUUUAAUUCUUACAGCUGGACCUGAGGAAGGAUGAAACAUGCACUUUGUACCUAACUCUGCGAGUUGUUUGGACUACUUCAGGGUCGUUAAAAACAGAAUGAAUGGCAACUUAUUGUAGUACAUAUGGUAAAAGCUCACAAAAAUGAAGUUUGGCAAAAGCAUUUGUAUUAUAAAUGUGGGUGGCACCAAGUAUGCUUUUCCGAAGGAUGUGAUAAAAGAUUUUCCCUUAAGGAGAGUUAGCCGUCUCCACAGUUGCGCAUCAGAGCGAGAGGUUCUGGAGGUCUGCGAUGACUAUGACCGGGAGAGGAACGAGUUCUUUUUUGACAGGCACUCUGAAGCUUUUGGUUUCAUCAUGCUCUAUGUGAAGUACGGCAAACUGAGGUUCGUCCCACACAUGUGUGAACUAUCAUUCUAUAAUGAAAUGAUUUAUUGGGGUUUGGAGAGCUCACAUUUGGAGUUCUGUUGCCAACGGAGGCUGGACGAUCGGAUGUCCGACACCUAUACUCAUUUUUCCGAGGAAGACCACAAAAUAGAAGACGAACUCGGAACAGAGGACGAGCAGUCGCGUCGGAUAGGCACCAAAAAAGACGCAAAGUGGCUCGAGCGAAUGCGCAGGACAUUUGAGGAGCCCACUUCCUCUGUGGCAGCACAGAUUUUGGCAUCUGUAUCUGUUAUUUUUGUCAUUGUGUCCAUGGUGAUACUUUGUGCAAGCACUUUACCCGAUUGGAAAACGGCAGAAAACAAUGUCGUGGAGGAACACAGGUACACAGACUCAUUAGAGCAUCCAUCCGGGAUCAUCGAGGCGGUGUGCAUCGGCUGGUUCACAGCAGAGUGCAUUGUGCGCUUCCUUGUGUCACGUGACAAGUGUGAGUUUGUGCGGCGCCCACUCAACAUCAUCGACCUGCUGGCCAUCACACCCUACUACAUUUCUGUGACCAUGACGGUGCUGACGGGCGAGAACUCGCAGCUGCAGCGUGCCGGAGUCACGCUGCGUGUUUUGCGUAUGAUGCGCAUCUUCUGGGUCAUCAAGCUGGCACGCCACUUCCUGGGCCUGCAGACACUGGGCCUGACGCUGCGACGCUGCUACCGUGAGAUGGUCAUGCUGCUGGUGUUCAUUGGGGUGGCCAUGGCCAUCUUCGGUGCGCUGGCCCAGUUGCUGGAGCAUGGGCUAGAUAUGAAGUCUGGCAAUGAGGACUACGCCAGCAUCCCCGCCGCCUGCUGGUGGGUUAUUAUCUCCAUGACCACCGUCGGCUAUGGAGACAUGUACCCCAUCACCGUGCCGGGGCGUGUGCUCGGCGGCUUGUGCGUGGUGAGCGGCAUCGUGCUGUUGGCGCUGCCCAUCACCUUCAUCUACCACAGCUUUGUGCAGUGCUACCACGAGCUCAAGUUCCGAACGGCCCGCUGCACCAGGAGCCUCUCGGCCGAGUUCCUCAAUUGAUCAGGUGUCAACCUCCAAUGGCACUCUGGACAUGCUUCUUGACAGCGUUUCUUUCAGAGACUUUGUUGGUCCUCUUGGUGUACUGAAUAAUCUAACUCAGUCAAUUUUCUGGUCUCAGGUAGAUCUUAGGGACUUGGUUUUAAAAGCAUUUAAAUUUGUUUAGCCUCUCUGGUGCUCAGCUCAGGCCACUCAGGAGCCCAGUGUCCACAGGCAUUAGUUCUAGCCCUGCUCCACAUCAUCUGAUUUCACUACACUCCAGCAGAGACUGGAACCUGUUCAGUCAAGUCAGAUGUUGUGGUGCGUGGUUUGAACAAAUACCCAUGGGCUCUGCGUCCCUGCGCUGCCUAAGCUGAGAGUCCAUAGUUUAUCCUGCUGGCCCAACUCCAAGGCUCUUAUUUUCAGGAAGGGGCAGGGCUAAGGGUUGUGUUUGCCAGCUAUCACUCUGGCAAGCUGUUUUUACAAUAGAUGCUGUUGCUGGGCUUCGCGAACAGUAGGGAAAGGAUACCAUGGCGACAUUGGCUUUCAGGCCAGAUGUCCCUGUCAGGGGCACAAUGUUGGAGGGCAGUUUUGUCAUAUCAACCAGAGGCUUUGAAAACACUCGACAUGGAGCCUGAAAAGCUUUUUGCUUCACACUCUGACAGGCAUGUGCUGCAUCCUAUGGCAUGUAGAUACUCAAAGGAUUUUGCUUCUGAAUGCCAUGUAGACAACCCACAGUCUUGGCAGACACUUGAAAGAAAGGUAAUUAAACUUCUUCUCAACCACAACGUUCUUCUACUGUGCUUGUUGUACAGAAGAUCCCAGAACCGAGCAUUUAGUCUGUUAUAGAAAACAAAGUUUGGGGUUUUAUAUUAUUGCUAUAUGAAUGUAGAGUGCAAACAGAAUAUGCCUUUAGUUUAGAACACCAACUGAAAUUAUUGUGUAUAGUCCAAUUCUGUGUGACAGAAAAUCUCUGUAGAUAAUGAGAGAUCAAGAGCAGCAAAGAGAAAGAUAGUGGUUGGCAGCUUAGCUGUGUAGGCCGUGGAGCAACAGCGUUGUCAUGGAGUGCUGCUGGUUUGGAUAGUGCCAUGCAAUGCAUUAUAGAAUAAUUUGUGUCUCCUCUUUAGCUCACCAUAGCUUACCACUGAAGCAGUGAUAAGCCUUGAGGAUCGAGCUCCAUGACAAACUCUGGUUUUGACAUGAAACCCUUUUUGUCAAGUCCCAGAAUGUUCUGGAAAGACCUCAAAAAACUGCAUCAAGGCUCUCUCUACACUGUUAUACAUCCCAUUGUGGGUAUCAUGUUCUGGGGUUUUUUAAUAUAAAAGUAGGAAUUCCAUUUGGAGAAAAUAUCUGUUAAAUUUGGGUACAAUUUACAAUGCCGCUUGUAAAUAUCCUUGACCUACUUUUUAUAACAUCAGUCUACACACACAAAAAAAGUUCUGGAUUAUUUUUAGCCACCAUCCCUGUUUAAUUACAAUUCUGUCUAUGCUUUAAGCAAGAAUCUUGAAUGUUCAAGUGUCAUGAUUUUUUUUUAGAACUUUUUGCAAAAACAUUUAGGUCACAUGAGUUUUGUACUGAUUUAUAUAAUUAAAAAGUUGGAUGAAAACCUUUACAACAUUAAAGAGAUUUUACAUUGAAAAUACAACUGAGGUUUCUCAGGAAGGCUAUAAGAUACUUCCCUGACAGGUUGUUUUUAGGUCAAGACAACCCUUUGAAAAGAGAAAACCAGUGUUAAAGAAUUCAUACCCAGCUUUGACAAUGUUGACCUUGUUGAGCCAAAUAGUUUGUUUUUCAUUUGUAUUUCCCAGGUUGAGUAAGGCGGUGGAGGGUUGUUUACCAUGCAAUGUGGCUCCAUCUCCUCACUUUUGUCUGCUCAUUUGCCAUUCAUUCAAAAUGAUGAGAGCAUUUUCUUUGUUCAUUUCUCAGGCAUUGUUUGAUAAAUCACUACAGGUUAAUUUAAAUUGUAUUUAUAUGUAUGGUGAUAUGUUUCCUAGGUUUUGUAUAUUUCUAGAUCUACAAUCUGUCAACAAUCUACAAAAUUAUUUUUGCUAAUAACUGGUGGAAAAUAAUGCUAAGACACUUAUUUUUCUCAGAGCAGAAGAGCUUAAUGCAUUCACAGAACAUGACUUGUUUGGCUAUUCAGAGUACAACAGCUAUUCAUAUCACAUGCAAACAAAGGGAAGUGUGAUAUCUCACCCUGUUGUCAGGUGAUGGGAGCAUCUUCAACUCUGCUGAAGAUCACACACUAAAAAAGGUAGUAAACUUCACAAACUCACUUCACACUGAGUUGAUAACUCCCUCUGCUAUUGCAUUUAGUGUCAUGAACAUCCAUUCAUCGUUGCCUUGAUUCGGUGCUUCCCUCAUGAGAUGCUGAAUGUACCAUGUGUCUUUGAGAGUGAGAUUGAUGCUGACUGGAAGUUGAACCAUUAAUAAAUAUCAUGGCUGGAAGGGAGACAUGUCAGACACUGUGUGUGCUCCAGCAUUUCCCUCCAUGUGGGAGGUCUGCCUUUACCAGCUCACUGCUGAUACCAUCAUAUUUAUAUUAAAACACAGCCUUCAUGUUUCUUCUUUAAACAUUCUCUCUCUGUAACUCAGAGAGUGACUUUCUCUACAAACACAGGAGAAAAAGAUAAAGAAUGCAAGAGACUAGUCUUCUGAUUCAAACAUCGAGAUGUCAAUCAGAGUGUGGUAAAGAGUCAUUUUCCCAGUGCCAAUCACUUGAGCACAGUUGAAUUCCUAUUAAAAAUAAGAUUACUUCAUCACCCAGUCAAGUUUUAUCUUAACUGCUUAACUGCUAACCACAUCUAAACUAUGUGCCCAUGUGUGUACAAUGGUUUUCAGGAAGCUGGAAAAGCAUCCCUUAAAUCUUGUGCAAUGCAAAGUCAAUCACGGCUUUGUGUACCUUAAUAGACCUUUUUGGUGUUACUUUAGAAAUUCUUUUAUCUAUAAGUAAAUAUUUUUGAGGAAUUUAACGACUAGUCUAAAAUCUAUCGAUGAAGAUGAUAACAAAAAUUGCAAAAUAUAAUGUGUUUUAAUACUUCCUCUGCUCACUGUGAUGGACUCACUACCUAGCAGCUGUGUGAUCUAUCAUUGUUUUUCUUUUGAUGAUUGUCAAUUAAUGUCAAAAGGACAUGCCUAAAGUAAUUUUUAUUUCACCAUUCGAGAAUUUCAGAUAGUCAUUGCUGUCACAUUGUAACAAUUAUUUUUAUGAAAAUGUCAGAUAUGAUAUGUAAUAGAUCUACUAUUGGUAGGUCUCUAGAAACAUAAUAGGUUGUUUAAAAAUAUUAUCAGGAAGAGGCUUUAUUUUAGGAUGCAAUUACUUAGCUUAUUGUGAAAGGCUUGAGCUUAUUGUGAGGAAUUUUUAAACUGAAGGUAUUUGUGGGUUUAGAUGUUUUGUCAAAGUCUAAUAGAUAAGCCAGGCUAUUUUUGUGAAUGUCUAGAUAAGCAUUUGUCUAAAAUGCAAGUUUAGUAAAACUUAAUCUUUUUCUUUUUAAAUAAUUUUUAGCAUUUUUAAAACAUAAACUUUAAAAAGUCUAUUUUGCAUAAAGUAGCAUAAAUGUGUCUCUGUAAAGGCUGCAGCAGCUUUAUG